UCUCUUCAUUCGAUCCAUUCGAGAAGCAAUACAGAAGCAUAAUUUGCAACCAGAGCAUCAUCUCCUCCUCGCUAGAAAUGGCCAUUCCAGUCAUCGAUUUCUCAAAGUUGGAGGGGAAGGAAAAAGCUGAAAUCUUGGCACGGAUUGCCAAUGGAUGCCAAGAAUGGGGAUUCUUUCAGCUGGUGAACCAUGGGAUUCCGGUGGAGCUCUUGGAACGCGUGAAGAAGGUGUGCUCCGAGUGCUACAGGCUCAGAGCCGAGGGCUUCAAGGGGUCGAAGCCUGUGCAGCUGGUGGAAGAAGAAGACGAAGCUGCCGACGCUAAACGCUUGGACGACGUGGACUGGGAGGAUGUCUUCCUACUCCAGGACGACAAUGAGUGGCCGUCCAACCCACCGGAGUUCAGGUAAUCAUCAGCUUCCUAUCGGGACUUGUUAGGCUGAUUGAUAUGUGGCCGUACUCCGUCUGUCCAAGUGCUGAAAGUUUGCACGAUCAUGCAGAGAGACCAUGUGAUAAGAAUUAAACGAAAAAGAUAGAAAGAUAAAAAUUGUAGAAAAAAACUAUGAAAUGUAUAAGAUGUAAUUGACUUAUUUAUUUGAUAAUGAGCUCUUGAUAACUAUUUAUACACACUCAACAGGAAGGUUAUACACAUUCAGCAGAGAGGAUUUUUCUCAACUGCUUAGAGAUUUCCUCAACUGGCACUAGACUGGGUUCGCCUGGGAUGUUGACCAUUUCAGGUGGACAUUGAAGAGAGCCAUCAACAUAACUUAAGAGAUCAUAGCCAAAUAGAAGAUUAGAAAGUUGUGCCCGCCAAGAUGCAUAGUUGCCGCCUUUGGAUAAUUUGAAGGGAAUGAGUGCUGCAGCAUUGAUGGUGAUAAGACUUUGAGAAGUGCUCAGAGUCCCUACAGAAACAGGGAUAGAAAUAUCGGAAGAGGAAAAUGAAGACAUCCCAGAUAUUUUGUAGCGGUUGAAGUGAUCUUUACAAAAGAUGUAAAGAUAUAGGAGGGAGGGAGGAGGAGAAAAGCAGAUCGAUGUGCUGUAGAGGAGGCUGCAGCGACGAACUGCAGAGAAAAGCAGAUCGAUGAACUGUAGAGGAGGCUACAGCGAUGAAUUGCAGAGGAGGCUGUAGCGCGAUGAACUACAGAGAAGGCUGCAGCGAUGCACUGCAAAGGAGAGAUUGUUGUAGCGAGGUGGAAGAAAUCUCUGCAGCUUGCAGCGAUUUCUACAGCGAUGCUGGAGAAAUCUGCAAGGUUGGAGAUAGUUGCAGUAAUGCAGUGUUGGAGUUUGGUGGCCGAAAGAACGGCGGAGUUUUCAGCAGAAGACUUCGGUUGGCAAGGGAGCAGCAGCCAGCGGUAGAAACAAAAGUCGUGACUAUUCUUCCUUUAGGAGAGUUGCCCACGGAAGAAGUGCUGCAACCGCAAGUGCUGCAGUAGGCUGUAGCGAAUGGCUACGGCUGAGGGGCAGAGACGUCGCCGCGAGAGGGAUGGUCGAGCGGCUGCGGCUGUGACCCAAGAGGAGGCGAUGGACUCCGGUCGGGAAGCGAGAAG